AUGACGGACCCGGUUGUGGAAUCUGCCUAUCAGAAGGGCAUCUUGCCCGAUGCCAAGGCUGUUGAGGAAGGUCCUCGUCGGACGGAUGGUGUUUCUGGCUUGUAUGAAGGAAAUGUCUUUGAGGCUACCCCUGACGACCGUCGUCAGAUCGGUGUCAUUAGUGCCUCCUUCCUGAUCUUUAACCGUGUCAUUGGUACUGGUAUCUUCGCUACCCCGAGUACUAUCCUGUCUUUGUCGGGUAGUGUUGGUCUGUCCCUGAUCAUGUGGGUCAUUGGUACCUUGAUUGCUAUGGCUGGUACUGCUGUCUAUCUGGAAUGGGGUACUGCUAUUCCCAAGAACGGUGGAGAGAAGAACUACCUCGAAUAUGUCUUCAAGAAGCCUAAGUUCCUGAUGACGGCCAUGUACGCGGCCUAUGCCGUCCUGCUGGGUUGGGCGGCCAGUAACAGUGUCGUCUUUGGCGAGUAUAUCCUGAACGCGGCGGACAUCGAAGUGGAUCGUUGGAACCAGCGUGGUAUUGGUUUGGCCUGUAUCACGGCUGCCUUCCUCAUCCAUUCCUUUGCUGUCAAGUGGGGUCUCAUGCUUCAGAACUUCCUGGGUGUGGUCAAGCUCGUCAUCAUCCUCUUCGUCAUCGUUGCGGGAUGGGUGGCUCUUGCUGGUCAUAUGAAGAUCGAUCCUCCUCACAACUUCACCAACGCCUUCGAGGGUACCACUGAUACCGGCUAUGGCAUUGUCAUGGCGUUGUACAAUGUCAUUUGGUCGUUCAUUGGAUACUCCAAUGCCAACUACGCCUUGAGCGAGACCAAGAACCCUACUCGUACCCUGAAGAUCGCUGCCCCCAUUGCCAUCAUCUCGGUCGGCAUCAUGUACAUGCUGUGCAACAUCGCAUACUUUGCCGCGGUCCCCAAGGAGCAGAUGCUGUCCUCUGGCCAGACUGUGGCCGCCGCCUUCUUCGGCAACAUGUUCGGUGCGCGCGCCGAAAAGGUGAUGUCGGUCUUCGUGGCCCUGUCUGCCUUCGGUAACGUUCUGUCGGUCAUCUUCUCGCAAGGACGAAUCGUCCAAGCCCUCGGUCGCGAAGGAGUUCUCCCUCUGUCGAAGAUCUGGGCCAGCAACCGGCCGUUCAACUCGCCCGCCGCUGGCCUCUUCGAGCACUGGGUCGUCUCCGUGAUCAUCAUGCUGGCCCCGCCUCCCGGCGAUGCCUACAACUUCCUCGUGAACCUCAUCACGUACCCGCUGUCCAUCGUCAACGUCUUCGUGUCCGGCGGUCUCGUCUACAUCUACCUGACCAAGGAGAAGAACUUCCCCGACUGGGCCCCUGGUAUUCGGGCAACUCUUCCCGUCACCAUCUUCUUCUGCCUGUCCAACAUGUACCUGGCGGUGGCACCCUACGUGCCCCCCAGUGCUGGACAGAGUGUCUACAACAGCCUGCCUUACUACCUGCACUGUGUGGUGGCGCUGGGCAUCUUCGCCCUCGGCGCUAUCUAUUAUCUGGUGUGGGCGGUGCUGAUGCCUCGCUUUGGUCGCUACAUCCUUGUCAAGGAGUCGGUGGUGGAUGCUGAUGGCUGGUCCAGAAGUGUCUUUACCAAGAUGCCGAUUGAGCAGGCCGAGGCGCUGAGGAAUCAGGAGGCGGGGGAGCAGCAACAGGAGCAGCAGCAGCAUCAUUUCUGA